GUGAACCUGUGAACACACUCUCACUCACUCCCACUCCCCGUUUCCAAACAGUCAUGUUAGCCGUACUCCCACGUGCAGGAGCAUUAGUCACACCUCGUUAAUUUUCCCAGGCCUCGUGACGGAAUCAGGUCGUGUAUAAAGGAGCCACCUGGCCACCUCGCUACAGGCAGACCCGAGACAACAGGAGCAGGGACGGACCGAGUAAUUCCAAUAACCCCCCCCCCAAAAAAAAAUGAACGCACAUAUGUUGGUCUGCUGCUUAUCUCUGCUGCUACUGCCGGACCUGGUGGGAGCCAACCCCGCCUCUGACCUCCAGAGUUUGAAGCAGCUUUUAGAAGAGGAGCUCAACACCGCGCCACAUUACUCCUCCUCAGAGGAGGAGGAGAAGAAGGAGGUGCAGGGGAGGGAUGGAGACACGGACAAGUCGUUGUUCGGAGCUCCAGAGGAGCAGCAGCAGCCGUGGGACUCCUCCGACCCCAGCAACUCCGCACUGGUGGCCAAAGAAAACGUCCUCGCGCGGCUCCUCAAAGACCUCAUGAGGACCUCCAAGCGCUCGUGGAGCCGGAGCAAGAAGGGCGGGCUGAGGAGCUGCUUCGGUGUCCGGCUAGAGAGGAUCGGCUCCUUCAGCGGGCUCGGAUGCUGAAGGAUGGAUGAGUCGGGGGUUCUCCACUCACAUCAGUGUGACCGUUGAAGCAGCUCCUCACCGCUCUGACUGACACUUUAAAGGACGGCUCCUCAAGUCUCUCCUCU